UGGCCGGUGGCGGGGUGCUUGCCCCACGGCGCGAUGCCGACUAUCUCUUCAGCAGCGACGCUGCCCACCCGGACACCCGCAGAAUACACGAGAGCCUCGAUUACAUGGAGGGCAGAGCUACCGUCUUUCACUCCCGUUACAUCUCCGCGUGGGCACGCGCCAUCACAGGGGCGAAGCCGUCGGCAGUUCUGGGCCACUUCAUCCUGCCACCCGCCUGCCUGCAAGAAGAAAUCAGAAGGAAAAUCGGUUGUUUUAUUUGGGAGCAGGCGGAUGAUUCCCUUGCAGAACAGCCCAGCGAAAAUCAGCCGGAUGAACCGGAGGUGGCAAAAAAAGGCUGUGAGCAAGAAGCGGAGGGGAAUCUGCUAGACCUGACCGAAAGCGAAGAAGAAACUGGUUCCAGAGGGGAAAUUCCAUACCGCGCCCUCCGGGAAUACCCGAAGAAUAACAUGGUGACAGGCUACCCCUCUGCUCGCAACAUGAAGAAAUACCUUGGGGAGCUUCGCGAUUUCAUCCCCGGCACCUCGGGCUAUGCGGUGUAUUGGAUUCAGGACGAAAUUAACAUUUACUCUGACUUGAAGACUAAAAUGAAGAGAAAAUUGUAA